AUGUCGAGCUCCUCAGAGCUGCAGCGAGACCGAGAGGUUCAGGGCUAUCUCCAGAGCUGGCAGGUAGCUCAGGGCUCGUCGCUCAAGGUCGCCCGCAACCUCGACAACAUCGUGGCCUCGCCCCUCCCGCCGGGUGAGUUGCCAGGCCACAGUCCUCAGGCCUCGUCCGACAAGGCCCUCAGCGCCUUCGCUCAGCUGGCUGUUCUUCGAAUGAAUGCGCAGAACGCUCUUAUAUCGCUUAUCGAUGCCGAUAACCAGAUUGUCCUCGCAGAGGCGACGCGCAACCUGCGUCUGGGGGAUUUGGACGGAGGAGCGAAGAAUGACUUGUUUCUCGGAACCUCCAUCUUGUCGCGCGGCCUGGGACCCUGUGAGCACUGUCUAACGGAGACCUGCACCGCCCGCGACCCCGACGGCGAGACGUACACGACUGCCGGCAUGAUUGUCCCCGAUUGUCGACUCGAUCCCCGCUUCCAAUCGCGACCGUUUGUGCAGGCCGAAGGUGGUCUCAGAUUCUACGCCGGAGUACCAAUAUUUUCAAGAAAAGGACACAAAAUUGGCACCUACGCCGUGUGCAGUGACGAACCUCGCGAUGGAGUAUCGAUCGAUGAUUUGCAAUUUAUACAGAAUGUUGCUCAAGCUGUUAUGGAGCACUUGGAAUGGGCGCGCGACCGUGUCGAUCGGUUCAAAGGAGAGCGGAUUGUGCGUGGAUUGGCCUGUUUUAUCGAGGGCUGCUCUGGCGAUGACCCGACCUGCGCCAAGGACGAUCAAGCGACGGGAUCUGUAGUUCGACCACCAGCGAUAUCCAUCACGUCACCGAGACGGCCGCUUCUGAGGAGGAUUUCUUCCACCAAGAUUGAUGCUGGAUGUGCCUCGCCUGGAGGCCAGCAGAAACGAGACCGGCUUACAAGAAUGUUUUUCAGGGCUGCGGACACGCUAAGGAGCUCGACGCUAGCUGAUGGCGUUGUUCUCUUUGGUGCGACAGCUUCCAAUGCCAGACAGAGGUGUAGUGGCAAGCCAAAUGGCAUUCUGUCAGACGAGGAUGAUCAAUCUCCGCAUAUCACCUCUGGCUCUGACGGAUUUGGCAUCGAUAGCUCUGAUUCCGAUACAUCGCCAGCUGCCAGACCAUGCAAGAUCCUCUCGUACUCGCUUGCUGACGAGAAGGUACACGCUGAGAUUGAGAAGGGUCCGGCUCUCUCUCUUGGCACUCUGGAAAAGUACUUUUCCCUGUUCCCCAAGGGAAAGACCUUUUCUUUUACCGACGAGGGCCUUGGAAUCUCUUCGGACGAUGAUAGCGCAAGUGAUCGAGAGCCGACGGCCGGCUCCGAAAACCCAGGCGAAAGAGGGAAACGACGAAGGGGGGCAAAAAUGGACCACAAAGAGCUUCUCAAGAAGAUACCUGGUGCGAAAUCGGUCGUCUUCCUGCCUCUGUUCGACCACGUGGAAGACAAACUCGCUGGAGGCUGUUUUCUGUGGACUUCAGUCACUGGGCAGAUGAUGAAUCUCGACCAGGAUCUCUCAUACCUUCGUGCUUUUGGCAACAGCGUUAUGAGCGAGGUUGGAAGAAUCAACACCCAGAAAAAUGAGGCUGCAAAGACGACGUUUAUUGCAAGCAUGAGCCACGAGCUGCGAAGCCCACUCCACGGAAUACUGGGCGCUGCCGAGUUUCUCAAAGAUACCAUCACGGAUUCUUACCAAGCUGGUCUUGUCAACUCGGUCUUGACGUGCGGAAAGACCCUGCUGGACACAUUGAACCAUGUUUUGGAUUACAGCAAGAUCAACACUCUUGGCCGUUCACAGAUGAGAAGAGGCAAGCACAGCAGACUCAUCAGUCUUUCCUCCGGCUCGCUGGAGAGCUUGAACAUGUCGGCUGCUGUGGACCUUUCUGUCUUGGUCGAGGAAGUGGUGAAUGCCAUUGCGACUGGCCACACUUUCAAGAAGAUUCCGGGUAUUUACUCACCGAGUGCAGAGGAACCCUCACUAGCUGAUUCCCAAACUCUCAAGCAUCUUCAACCUUCAGAUGACAAUAGCAGCCCGGUUUCCGUCUUGCUAGAUAUUUGUCCACGGACAUCUUGGAUGGUCAGCACUCAACCGGGUGCCCUCCGCAGAGUCAUCAUGAAUCUGUUUGGCAAUGCCCUAAAGUACACGUCUUCUGGAUUCAUUCUCGUCUCUCUUCGAGGCCAGGAGACGACAGACAAGUCCAAAAUCGACGUUGUGAUAAAAGUGAUGGAUACCGGUAAAGGCAUGUCGGAAGAAUUCCAGCAGAACCGUCUCUUCGUCCCAUUCAGUCAGGAAGACUCAUUCCAGCCCGGUACUGGACUGGGAUUAAGCAUCGUCAAGCAAAUCGUCGACUCACUCAAGGGAACUCUCGAAGUGAAAUCCCAGCAAAACAAGGGCACUGAAGUUGAUGUUCGUCUUCGGCUCGUUCCGGCUCCUCCAAAUUCAUCACGAAACCAGGACGAGACGGUGCGUGGCAUCGUUGACAAAACGAGAGGGCGAAGGUUGGUUCUCCUGGGCAGCGGUGAACACAAUCUGUCUCCCUCCAUGGCGCUACAAAUCCGGAUGCGAAACGAGACUCUCAUCGAGACUUGCACCAGCUGGUUCGAAAUGGAGGUUGUGAGAGAAGAGGAUGCAUAUGUCGAUGCCUCGAAAGCCGAUAUUUACCUGUUCUGCGAACCACCUUCCAUCCAAACCUUGAAGGACCGCUUCCAGAGUCCAAACGGCAUCCCCUAUCAGAACAGAAAGACGCCAAUCGUCAUUGUCUGCGCAGGGGAAGAGGAAGCAGCUCAAAUAGCGCGGACACAAACCAAGGCUUUGGCUGAACUAUCCAAAAUCAUUGAAGUUGUCCCACAACCAUGUGGUCCACGCAAGUUAGCUCAAGUCUUCAAGCGUUGCUUGCAGAGAAUUGAGGAGAUUGCUGAGAGUGAAAGUUCACAACACGGUCUGCUCACACCACCUGAACAGUCACCAACAAGUGACAAAGUUGAGACAGUGGAAGCAUUGCCAGCGGAAUCACCCCCAGACGAAGAAGCAGCCCUUACUCCAGAAACCGACCAGAAACAAGAGACAGAGUCAACCACGACACAUGUCUUGCUCGUCGACGACAACAAAAUCAACCUCCAACUCCUAGUAAUGUUUAUGAAGAAAUGCAAAUUCACCUACGAAGAAGCCGAAAACGGCCAAGAAGCACUCGACAAGUUUACCCAGCGAAACCUAAACUCGAAAAAACGCUUCGACUACAUCCUCAUGGACAUUAGCAUGCCCGUGAUGAACGGUAUAGAAGCCACAAAGAGGAUACGGCAGGUGGAGCGAGAGAAUCAGAUACAGCCGACCACAGUCCUUGCUUUGACGGGGUUGGCUAGUGCUGAUGCUAGGAGGGAUGUUUUGUCUGCUGGUGUGGAUGUUUUUCUGCCGAAGCCGGUGAGGUUUGCCGAGUUGAAGAAGUUGCUUACGGAAGGGUAGGAAAAUUCAGGGGUUGGUGGCUUGGUUCUUUGGUGUAUAGAUAUUGGAGUUGGAUAUUGGUAUAGAUUUCGGUUGGCGUGGUUGGGUUUGAAUAUCUCGGUCUUUUUGUCUUAAGCUUAGGCUUCUUGUCUGGAAUAGAUACUCUCCAACUCGCAGUAGUUCUCUCUAGGCCCAAAGAGUGGCUGGAUUUCCCACUUUUCAUACGCCAUUGGUGGGCGAAUUGACAUGAGCGCGUUCACAUGGGUUCGAAAGGGGCGGUCAGCAUGGCUUUGUUUAAUUGAUGUUGGUGGAGGGAACUUGUUGACCGGAGUCCAGCCUCCUCUAGACCUAAGCUAUAGACUUUUCUACGGUAUAACCCACGUUCUAU